AUGUACCAACUAAAAAUCAAAUUAGCUCCUGCCACCUCCAUUGGUGCCAUGAUUCAGAGCCUCAUGGUGACUAAGGGAGAAGACCAGAAGUGUGGGGCAGCCCAGGAGCUACAACAGCUGGUCAACCUCCAUCUCAGAAGGGGCCCCCAAACAGGGGAGACACAGGGAUACGCUGAGAGUCAGGAAGAAGAGGAAGAGGAAGUGGAUCAGGAGCCGGAUCAUCAAGAGUGCCAGGAGAAGCAGGAAGAGGAUCAUCAAGCUCAGCCAAGGCCUGGACCUACCAGCCCCAGGCUGCCUCUGGAAGAACUGCAGGCUCUACUGUUGUCUCUGGAACCAGUGAAUAGCCAGGCUGCCAGGGCCUAUGCCCGUCUGAAGCAGAAGCUGAAGCAACGGCACAAACCUCAGCUGGAUUGCAGAAGGAGCAUCAUCCAGGGCAUUCCUGGCUUCUGGGCCAAAACCUUUGUGAAUCACCCCCAGCUGUCCUCAAUGAUCAGUGACCAAGAUGAAGACAUGCUUAGCUCCAUGAUUGACUUGGAGGUGGAAGAACGCAAGCAUCCCAGUCAUUGCUGCAAGAUCAUGUUAUUCUUUGGGAACAACCCUUACUUUUGGAAUGAAGUGAUCACUAAGGAAUAUCUCAUUAAUAUCACUGGAUAUAGAGUAUUUAAUUCCACUGUAGUUCAGUGGUAUCAGGAAUAUAAACGUGAAGCCUGCAGCCACAGGCACCACAACAGCAGCCCUAAGUUCUUCAACUGUUCUACUGAUCACAAUUUCACAGGCUCAGAUAAGAUAACUGAGAUCAUCUGUAAGGACUUGUGGCUUAAUCUCCUGAACUACUACAAGAGAACGAAGUCACUAGAAGAGGGAGCAGAGAGAACAGGAACCACCCAGAUUUUGAACGGAAUACAAUGGAGCAUCAGAAUUUACCUAAACUAA